ACUCGUUGUUUUAGCUGUGGUUGGGUCUCCUUGGUUCGGGCGGGACACGUACGUGGGGCGGGGCGGGGAGAGGACGCACAGGGCAGCUCUGAUGAAUGCCCCGCUCCUGUUUCCUGGGCACAGCUGACUCUGCUCUGUGAAAGGCCAUUUAAACUGCAGCAGGGCCUCAGGGAUUUGGGGAGAUAAGAUGGAGCCUUCCCCGUUCAAUAGAAGGCAAUGGGCCUCCCAGUCUUUGAAAAUCACUGCAAAAGAACUUUCCCUGGUGAACAAGAACAAGUCCUCGGCCCUCGCAGAGAGGUUCUCCAAGUAUCAGAAAGCUGCUGAAGAAGCCACUGCUGAGAAGAAGAGAAGUAACGCAGAAAACCUGCCCGCUCAUUUGACCAGGGGGAAUCUCAGCGUGCUGAAGAAGAAGUGGGAGAAUCCGGUGCUGGGAGCGGAGUGUGGGAAGGAAACGAUCCGGAGCAGCUUUGCUGAGGUGAGGCACAAGGUCGGGCCGUCCCCGGGGGCUGGAGCUGCCUCUGGCCAGCAGCAGUGUCCCGCUGGUGACAGCACAGAGCCCCACGGCCACUCCCGAGACAGUGGCAGCAUGGAAAACUGUGGGAGAGAGGUGGAAAAGCCCGAAGGCAGCGAGAGGUCGGAGUCUCCGGGGAGGAUCGAGAAGUACAACGUGCCCCUGAACAAGCUCAAGAUGAUGUUCGAGAAGGGUGAAGCCGCUCAGCCCAAGGGCCCCCGGGAGCCGCGGAGGGCGGCCGUGGGCAGGAGGAUUUCGGAGAACAGCCUCUCCUUGGAGGACUGGGAUGCUGCCCAAGGAGAGAGGAGCCACAGCACAGCAGGGUAUUUUGUAGAGAGCAGCCCAGACAAGGCAGAGAGCAGGAAGAACAUGGACAUGCCCCGUUUGUCAGAGACAUCCAUAAAGGACAGGCUGGCCAAGUACCAGGCAGCUGUGUCCAAGCAGGGCAGCUCCUCAGGCAUCACUCCCAUGAGUGAGAUUCAAGCCAGUGAGAGUGAACUCAAGAAUUACAAAUCUGGGCAGAAGGAGAAUAUGGCACCAAUUGAGGACUCCAGUUCCUGUCAGGAUGGGGAGAAGGUUUCUGUAGGUGACAACAGCUUGUCUUUGCACUCUGGUCUGCUGGAGGAUGGCCAUGCUGGACAGCCAGAGAGUGAGGCAGAAGCUCAGAAAGCUGCCAGCUCAAAGCAGCAGAACCUUGGUGCUAAAGCAGCUGGGCAGACAGAGGCCUCCCCACCAAAGGGAGUGAAGAAAUUCCAGUUGCCAAUGAAGGAAACCUGUGUUGGGUGUCAGAAGACUGUGUACCCCAUGGAAAGGCUCUUUGCCAACCAGCAGGUGUUUCACAUCAGCUGCUUCCGCUGUUCCUAUUGCAACAGCAAACUCAGCCUCGGGACGUACGCCUCUCUGCGUGGGAACAUCUACUGCAAACCUCACUUCAAUCAGCUCUUCAAGUCCAAAGGAAAUUAUGAUGAGGGCUUUGGACACAAGCAGCAUAAGGAAUUGUGGGCAGGGAAAACUGAGUGUGAAGAAUCCUCGGAGAAAAUCAUCCAUGGUGUGAAUGCAGCAGAAACUCCACAAAGCCCAGGAGUAGAGGAUGCCCCAAUUGCAAAAGUGGGAGUUCUGACAGCAAGUAUGGAAGCAAAAGCUUCAGCUGUGCCUGAAAGAGAAGAGAAACCAGCAGAAACAAAAAAGCUCAGGAUUGCCUGGCCACCUCCAUCUGACCAAAGUAUUCAAGGAAGUGCCUUAGAUGAGGGCAUCAAAGUACUCAAACCCAAGUGGCCUCCAGAAGAAGAGAUUUCCAAGCCAGAUGUGCAGGAGGAUGUGGAUCUGGAUCUCAAAAAGUUAAGAAGAUCUUCCUCGCUGAAGGAGCGAAGUCGCCCCUUUACAGUUGCAGCCUCAUUUAGAACAAUGUCUGUUAAAGGCCAUAAAAUAGAGAAUUCACCCUCUCCCUCUAAGGAAGAGAGAGACACGUUGAAAAGAAGUGAGGAACUGGAGAGGGAGGUUGUCAUAGAGAAAAAGCAAAAGGAAAAAAAGGUUGAGCAUAGGAACAGCCAGAAUGCCAGGGAGAAAAAUAUAGAGGAAAAAUUGUCUGGUAUCAAAACAGUAGAGCAUAAUGUUGUAGAGAAUGGCCAGGUGAAUGCAGACACAGAUGAGGAAGAACACGCUACAGAGGAGCCAGAAAUUCCAAAGGAAGAACUCCUUGAACCAAAUUCUCCUAAACAUUCCAGCUUAGCCAAUGUUGUGACCGCCAAGGAAUCAUCUCCAACCCAGAACCGCAAAUCCCAAGACGUUGGUUUUUGGGAGGGUGAAGAUGUGGAAGAUUUAUCUGUGGAAGAGCAGAUCAAAAGGAAUCGCUACUAUGAAGAUGAUGAUGAUGAUGAAUAAAUUGGCCUUUUACUAGAAAACUUGCUGCAAGGUGCUGGGCCUUUUGAAAUGGGUAUUUUUUAGCUUUAACAAACAGCUCUCCUGGGAUGAAGUGAUGCUGCACUGCACAUCGGCGUUAAGGGAAUCUACCUACAAAUUAUCUCAGCUAGAAAACUCUGGAAGCAAAUUCUUUAGGUGCAUGGAACCUGUGGCUGGCUGUGGGAUGGCUUCAGCAGGUAGUGUCUGUCCCCAGCAUGAGAACAGAGCUGUUCUCUACUUUCUUAUCCUUUUGAGCUUCACUAGGUAUUUCUCUAACAAUUUCUGGAAUUGUUCCAGGGCCCCUGGAACACACCACCAACACCACUACAAAUGCUACUGCAGUGCUUAGGGACCAACUGCAAAGGGACUUUCUGGCCUGCUUUAAAAUGGUCACUUAAUGCACUUUAAUACAUGGAAAGGGCACAACUAGGCUUUUUUUUUUUUUUUUUUUUUUUUUUUUUUUUAAUAAUAAAAGCAUUUCUGUGUGUAGUGUCCAACAACUAAAGCAUCCUAAAGUGAGUGCAAUGUGAAUUUCUGUCUCAAACCUGCCUGUGAUCAGUUGAGGAGUCCCUGCACAACUGGAAUGGUGCCCGUUGCUGGACCAUGUGUAUUUCAGUGCUUUCCCAGGAGCUGUGCUGGCUGCCAGGUCUCUGCAAAAGACAAGUGAACACUUUGGAGCAGCCUGCAGGGCAUUACUUCUGCAUUUCACAUGCAUUUGAAGUGGAGUUUUUUGUUUGUUUUGUUGUAAUUCCUUUUUUUUUAUUUGGAGUUCGUCAUCAUUUUAAACUGCAGAUAAGAUUUUUAAGGCCUUUUGACAACUCUGAAAUCCUACUUUUAUCAAGCUGCCAUAAAUCUUUUCCUUACAGCUGUGAAAUUGUGCUACAUUGCAAAAAUCUCUGGAAUCAGUGACACUUUCCAAUUGCCAGUGUUGAAGAUCAGAACAUUUUUUAACUUGACUUCAUUUAUAUUACAAAUAAUAAAAUCUUGAAUGGGGGGGAGGAGGAGGCCCUUUUUUUAUUAGCUUUUAUUUGUACUGUAUUCUCAAGAGAAUUAGAUCUUAACGAUUCUUGAGGUGUAAAAUAUUCUGCUUUCUUAACAGUUCUGCUAAUGACAAAACCUUCAAUAAAGUUUGGGUCAUUUCCACUAUA